CGGCACCCCAGCUUUGACGCGCAGCCCUGUGACUCAAGCCUGCGUCAGGGCUGCGUGUCCCUUCCCAUUGAGUAUUUUUUUUUUUAAUUUUUCCUUCCCCCCCCCAAUUGCUUUCCCUUUAUUUAUUUAUUUCCCGGGAGCCGAGAGCGGCGGUACCUCCCUCCCGGCGAAAGGCAGCGGGGCCGGGCGAGCCCAGCGCGCAUCCCCCGGGCGGUGGCGGGGCGAGGAGGGGGACGCGGAGCGGAGUCACCGCCGCCUCGGAGCUUCACCGCCGCGCCGUGCGGAGCCGUUCCCGGCCGCUGCUCCCCUUUUCCCGCUCGCUGCCGCUCCAGUUUGCCCGGUUUCCCGCAGCACCGGGAGCCUCGGACCGGCCCCGCCACCGCCCGGUCUCGACCCCCCCACCGCACCGGAGCGGGGGGAACCUGGGUGAUUUCUACCGGGAAUUUGCGCCGUUUCCUUCGGGAUCGGGCGGGUUUUUCCCGGGAUCGGGCCGGUUUCAUCCUCCCCGCAGCGCCAAGGUCCUGCUGAUGACGAGGAGGUGAGGCCUGAGCUGUAGCUCACACCGGUGCCGUUCCCUGCGGGACGUUCAUCUCCUUCCCUCACCCCAUCCCACCCCCGGGACCUCCCGGAGCCGUCCCAAUGCCCAAGAACAGCAAGGUGACGCAGCGGGAGCACAGCAGCGAACAUGUCACUGAGUCGGUGGCCGACCUGCUGGCCCACCAGGAGCCCGUGGACUACAAACGCAGCGUCCUCAACGUGACGGGAGGGGAGGCCUGGGACAAGCAGAAGGAGGGGGAGGAGGACCUGGAUGCGGAGAGGCCGGCCUGGAACAGCAAACUCCAGUACAUCCUCGCCCAGAUCGGCUACUCCGUGGGGCUGGGCAACGUCUGGCGCUUCCCCUACCUCUGCCAGAAGAAUGGAGGAGGUGCCUACUUGGUCCCAUACCUGGUCCUGCUCAUCAUCAUCGGGCUCCCCCUGUUCUUCCUGGAGCUGGCGGUGGGGCAGCGGAUCCGCAGGGGCAGCAUCGGAGUCUGGAAUUACAUCUGUCCCCGCCUGGGGGGCAUUGGCUACGCCAGCUGCCUCGUGUGUUUUUUUGUCGGUCUCUAUUACAACGUCAUCAUCGGCUGGAGCAUCUUCUACUUCUUCAAGUCCUUCCAGUACCCGCUGCCCUGGAGCGAGUGUCCCCUGGUGAAGAACGGCUCGGUGGCCAUUGUGGAGACAGAAUGUGAGAGGAGCUCGGCCACCACCUACUUCUGGUACCGGGAGACCCUGGACAUCUCCAACUCCAUCUCGGAGAGCGGGGGCCUCAACUGGAAGAUGACCCUGUGUCUGUUGGUGGCCUGGAGCCUCGUUGGCUUGGCCAUGAUCAAAGGCAUCCAGUCCUCCGGGAAGGUGAUGUACUUCAGCUCCCUCUUCCCGUACCUGGUGCUGGUUUGCUUCUUGGUGCGGGGACUUCUCCUGCGUGGGGCAGUGGAUGGGAUCAUGCACAUGUUCACACCCAAGCUGGACAAGAUGCUGGACCCCCAGGUGUGGCGGGAGGCGGCCACGCAGGUUUUCUUUGCCCUGGGCCUGGGCUUUGGGGGCGUCAUCGCCUUCUCCAGCUACAACAAGCAGGACAACAACUGCCACUUCGACGCCACCCUCGUGUCCUUCAUCAACUUCUUCACGUCCGUGCUGGCCACCCUGGUGGUGUUUGCUGUGCUGGGCUUCAAGGCCAACAUCAUGAACGAGAAAUGUGUGGUGGAGAAUGCUGAGAAGAUCCUGGGCUACCUGAACACCAAUGUGCUGAGCCAUGACCUCAUCCCACCCCACGUGAACUUCUCCCACCUCACUGCCAAGGACUACAACGAGAUGUACAGGGUGAUCAUGACAGUGAAGGAGGGACACUUCAAGGAGCUGGGCUUGGAUGCCUGCCUGCUGGAGGACGAGCUCAACAAGUCGGUGCAAGGGACUGGCCUGGCCUUCAUCGCCUUCACCGAAGCCAUGACCCACUUCCCGGCGUCGCCCUUCUGGUCCGUCAUGUUCUUCCUGAUGCUGAUCAACCUGGGCCUGGGCAGCAUGAUCGGCACCAUGUCGGGCAUCACCACCCCCAUCAUCGACACCUUCAAGGUGCGCAAGGAGGUGUUCACAGUCGGUUGCUGCAUCUUCGCCUUCCUGGUGGGGCUGAUCUUUGUGCAGCGCUCUGGGAACUACUUUGUCACCAUGUUUGAUGAUUACUCAGCCACGCUGCCUCUCACUGUCGUGGUGAUCCUGGAGAACAUCGCCGUGGCCUGGAUUUACGGCACCAAAAAGUUCAUGCAGGAGCUGACGGAGAUGCUGGGAUUCCGGCCCUACCAGUUCUACUACUACACCUGGAAGUACGUGUCCCCCAUCUGCAUGGCCGUGCUCAUGACCGCCAGCAUCAUCCAGCUGGGGGUCAGCCCCCCGGGAUACAGCGCCUGGAUCAGGGAGGAGGCUGCUGAGAAGUUCCUGUUCUACCCAGCCUGGGCCAUGGCCAUCCUCAUCUCCCUGAUCAUCCUGGCAUCCCUCCCUCUGCCCCUGGUCUUCAUCCUCCGGCAGUUCCACCUCGUGUCCGACGGCUCCAACGCCCUCUCCGUCACCUACAAGAAGGGCCGGAUGAUGAAGGACAUCUCCAACUUGGAAGACAACGACGAGACCCGUUUCAUCCUGAGCAAAGUGCCCAGCGAGACCCCGUCCCCCAUGCCCACCCACCGCUCCUACCUGGGGCCGGGCAGCAAUUCCCCCAUGGAGAUGAGCAGCGCUCCCAACGGACGGUACGGGAGCGGGUACCUCCUGGCCAGCACCCCCGAGUCCGAACUGUGAUGGCCCCCCCUGCCCGCCACCCCCGCCGGGAGAGGAGGGCGCUGGGGAGUGGAUCCUGGCUGUCCAGGCAACGGGAAAAAAUUCAUUAAUAAGGAAGACGAAGAAGAAACCCCUCUUAUAAAAUCAUAACCCAAAGCAGCCGUUCGUAAGGUGACACCGGGAAGGAGGGAUUGAGGGAGGGGCAGGACUCCUCCGACAACCCUCGGCUGAAAGGCAGGACCCCCCGGGACCGCCCCCGGGGAAGGGAGGAGGAGCAAGAGAGGCUCCGACACCUUUCCGAGAGUCGUUCUCAAAUCUGAAGCAAGGGAUCUCUUUUCUAAGCAGCUGAUGGUUGGAACAAGGACCCGGAGGCAGGUUGGGAAGCCAACCCCGCUCCCUCCUGUCGCCCAGCGCUCUUCCCUCCUGUCUUUGUCCUUUAUCCGGGAGGAGUCAUGGCCUUAUUCCAACGAGCACAAUUUAACCCUCGAUGUUCAGAGCACAAAAAGGUGCUGUUGUUGUCACCAUCGUUGUUGUUGUUGUAUCUCCUGUAGGUUUUUAUAGCUGUGGACACACUCAAAUGACCCCCAAAAUCCUGACCAGGGUUGGCAGGGAGCAGCACGGGGGUGGCUGGGACUGUGGAUGGUGGAUCCUUGGAAUCUUUGUUGCCACCAGCAUGGGAACAGUGGCUGGGGGUUGUUUGGAGGCACGGAGAUGUCAUGGCUGUGGGAUGAAGUGGCAAGUUUUGUGCUGAGUGGCAGAAAGACUUUUGAAGGGACAGUGGUUUGGGUGUGUGAGCGUUGUGGGGUCUGGCUGGGGGAGAGGAGUCUCUCCUGGAGUUACUCCUCACGUGUGGGAUGUUCUCCUUAACCAAAAUCCCUGGCAUGGCGAUCGUCUCCUCUUGCUCCUCUCUUCAGAUGGCCCAGAGGGACACCCAGAGAAGCUGUGGGACAUCCAGUCCUGUCACAGUCCUGGUUUAGCUCUCAGGAAACCACCCCCUGAUUUACCUCCCGUGCCCCUCCAGCCAAGGGGAGCUGGGCAGUGACUCUCUCUGGACUUGCCUCCUCAUUUCUCCUCCUGUUCCCUUUGACCCCCCUUUGGGGGUCCUGUUGCACCCCCACAGGAGCUCACCAGCUUCUGGAUGGGGGUGACCAGUUUUUGGGGACCACAGGCAUCCGUGGAGCAGCAGCUGUUGGGAGUCCCAGGAGUGGGAGAUCCCAGAUCUCCUUGGCUCUUGAUGAGGUUGGUGAGCCCCUGCUAGAGCCCAGGGGCCUCCGUUGUGGCCAUCCAUGUUUUUUGGAGGAUCAGACUGAUGUGACUGCAUGUUGUUUCUCCCCAGGUUGUUUGGGAAAGGAUGGGAUCUCCCAGCUCUGAGUCUCUUCCACUGGGACUGGGGCUCAUUUCCCUAAAUGCCACAGGUAGCCAAGCACUUCUGCCAAGGGGCCCAGUAUACCCUGGCACGUUCCCCCUUUCCCAGUGGGGACAGGGAGGCAGCAACCUGCUUGGGCUUGGCCUCUCUCUCCCUCUCAGCACUUUGCUGUGGCCUCCAAAAGCUGGGGGAGCACCUCAUCCUUGGUCCUGCUGGGCUUGGGUCAUGCACGAAGGUGUUUCAGGCCAGUCUGAAGGUCAGGUUUGGGGGGGCUGGUCCAUGAGUCCUUCUCUCCCUUCCCUCUUCUGCUUUCCUGUCAAUGGCUCUUCUUCCACCUUGGUUUUGUCUGGGAGGUGAAGGUAGAAGGUACCUGGUCCAUUCACCACAUCCCUGACCUCUCAGCAUUCCUGGGGCCAGGAGGUUCCCCAGAGUAACAUCUCCUGUGGGUUCUGAUCCUUUAUUUGUUGUCCUUCUUCGUGGGCUUAGCUGGUGACCUGGGGACUCUUCCUGGACAAUUAGCUCCAGCCCUUCCUCAACCAUUUUUCCAGGGGAAAAUGGAGGCAAGGACUGAACUGAGGCAGCUCAGUGGUGGCUCUGAGAGGCACCAGAUCCGUGUGGUCAGGAUCAGCAGUGCUCCUCCAGCAGUUCCCCCUUCCCCAUCCCUCCAAGGUCUUUCUCCUUCCCCUGUCCCUGCAGAGGGACACUGAAACGUCCCCAGUGCAUCAUCCCUGAGGGGGAGAAGCCCAAACCUGGUGGGUUUUCCUCACCAUUAGUCAACAUGUUCCUUCCCAUCUCUGUUUGGAUCCAUCUCCACCUGACCAGCAAAACAGGAGGAGCCAAAUCGUGUCCCAGUGUCCCCUUCCCGACGCCCCCGAGCCCGGGGGCCGCCUUCCCCCCGCAGUUCCCAUGGAGCAGGACACCUCCCACGGCCAAAAUGCUUCACCCCACCCAGCCCCAGGGUGUGAUGUGAUGUUCCCUGAGCCCCGCGGGGAAGGAUCCUCCCCCCCCGUGUCUCCCAGCCCCAUUCCCAAACCAGCCAGGGAGGCUUCGCUUCCCUCCCCUCUUCGUGCAGCAUCAACGAGAGGCAAAGUCAACAGGAAGGCAACAAAAAAAGCUAUAUUAUAUAUAUAUACAUAUAUAUAUAUAUAUAUAAAAUAUAUACAGAGAGAGGAGAUGGAAUAAUAACCUAGAGAUUCUCUAUUUCUAUUGUAUAUUUAUUCUGUAAAUGUCACUGUAAAUGCUGUUAAAUGACAAACUGUAUUCCAAAGUGGCCCGUGACCUAUUUUCAUUCCCAGUGCUGUACAGAUCAAUUCUCAUUCUAGAGAGGGACAUAUUUUUACCUUUUUAUUUCUUGUCCGUGGUGGGUGAGCGUCCCUUUCCCCCCGCCCCCAGCCCAGGGAGGGUCCAACGACCCUGGGCGGAUCCUGCAGAGAGGAAGAGGAGGAGGAGGAGAGAGAGGAGGAGGAAGAGGGACGACGCCUUUACUUUUAUCUGUGGAAAUACUGUGUUUUGUCGUGGCAUUCGGUGUUAGACACGGGGUGUUGGGGGGCAGUGUGUGUGCGGGUGUGUGUUUUAAGUGGUCCGUGUUGUCGCGUGUGCGUCCGUGCGGGGGGUGUGCGCGUGUCCGUGGGUGCGCCUGGGUUUAGGAUUCACUUCUGGCUGUUCUCUCUCACUUUCCGAGCCUGCCUCGGGGGUUUCUCCCGCUCGCCGGGGCAGGUUCUUCCUCCACGCUCCUCCUCGGGGUCCCAGGCUGUGGGUGGGGCCGACCCCCGGUGGUUUUUAGCCCCAGAGAUCCCGUUUUUUCCCUCUCUCUCUGCACAGAGGCACAGGGAAUAGCUGCUAGUUGUGAGCACAGGCACUUUUCAGUUUUCCUUCGGGCAGUGGGACGAGGAGGGGGAGCCGCUGCCGAGGUCCCUGUCCCCCCACAUCAGCUCCCUGCCCGGUUCCCAGCCCAGGUCCUGCUGCCGGGAGCAGUGUGCUGUCCCUGGCUGGGGGACAAGGAAGCGCUGGGGGGGUUGGGAGGGGCCCAAACCCUGGGGACAGAGCUGGGGAGGGGUUCAGUGGGUCUGGAGAAGGAGGUUGCAGGGGGGGCCCCGCCUUGUGAUACUGGUCCAGCCUGUAGGGCUGGCGGUGGGAUCUCCAUCCCCCAGCACUGGGCUCUGCUCCAGGGGCUGGACCUUGAUCCUGGUGUGAGUCAGAGGGGAUGGCUGGAGCCAGGUCCCCAAGUGUCCCACGGCUCCUUCCCCUCAGUCCCUCCAAAACAGCCCCUGCCUCACCUCCCAGCCCUCAGCCAGACCCUGGCAGGCCACGUGGAACCCCAGCACCUCCAGGAGCAGCUCCCACUGCCUUCUCCUGUCCCUGAUCCCUCCCUGAGCCCGGGUCUCGCUGGCAGGGAGGGGAGCAGAGCUGGGUGGCCUUGGUGGCCAGGACAGUGGCCUUGGUGGCUGGGAGGGACAAUGCACGGCCACGGGAGCCCCCAGGAUGGAGCUGCUUCCCCUGGGGAAAGCACAAUGCUGGCGAAACCCUCGUGUACAGGUAAAAGCACAGAUCCCAUCGUGACACAUCCCUGUAUCCCCAUAGUUCCCAUCGGGCUCCUCGGCCAUCGAGAGAAACCCUGUAAGAGCUGUAUCAGAGUCUGAUUAAAAGUCUCUUCUUACCAAACCUCUUCUCACCAA